GGUAGCCUGGAAUCCCUUGAAGAGAGCUAGCAGACGAGAGAGAUCUUAGGAAGCUGAUGAACUAGAAAGAGUAGGGGAGACUGAGACUGACCGGUAGCCAGCUAGGCAGACAGACGCAUGCCCGGACAGACUCUGGAGAACCGAUAGGUUCAUUUUGCCUUUCUUUUUGAAAAGCAGGAUUUUGAUUUUUCUGUGGCGCCCAAGAGAGAAUGCUGGACUCUGCUACCUUCAGCUUAAGCUAAGAUUUCUCAGUUAGGGAGGAAAGAUCAGCCCAGUCCCGAGAGGGGGAGGGAAGCAAAAGCCCCUGCCUCCAACCCCCUUCCCUCCCCCGGACCAAACUCGGGGACCAAACCCAGACCUUCCCUAACCAUCUGACUUCCUCCUUUCCUUUUUAGCAUGGUGGCUGUAUGGACAGUCUGACAGAACAGAGAUUGACAUCUCCCAAUCUGCCGGCCCCCCACCUGGAACACUACAGUGUUCUGCAUUGCACCAUGACCCUGGAUGUGCAAACUGUAGUCGUUUUUGCCGUGAUUGUAGUCCUCCUGCUUGUCAAUGUCAUACUCAUGUUUUUCUUGGGAACGCGCUGAAUGGAGUCCAGCCACCUGAGCUGUUGCGAACUCUCACUUUGAUUUCAUCCCAAGAGCCUCUGAGGGGGAAAAAAUCAGGAGAGACAGUCUGAGACAGGGAAAGAGAGGGAGAAAAAGAACAAGCUUUCUUACUCAGGGGGGAAAACGUUUUGAGCUUCAACAUGGCCUCGCUGUGAUAUGUAUGACUUUUGCUAUUGAGGGUUUCCAAUUUCUGAUUUGGAAAGCUGCCAUCGUUAAAACAUUCGUUAAAGCACUGAUCACUGGAGAUUCCAUCGUUAGUGCUGAGGCAGUAUGGGAUCACGUCACCAUGGCCAACCGGGAGUUGGCAUUUAAGGCUGGCGACGUCAUCAAAGUCUUGGAUGCUUCCAACAAGGAUUGGUGGUGGGGCCAGAUCGACGAUGAGGAGGGAUGGUUUCCUGCCAGCUUUGUGAGGCUCUGGGUGAACCAGGAGGAUGGGGUGGAGGAAGGGCCCAGUGAUGUGCAGAAUGGGCACCUGGACCCCAACUCAGACUGCCUUUGUCUGGGCCGGCCACUACAGAACCGGGACCAGAUGCGGGCCAAUGUCAUCAAUGAGAUCAUGAGCACGGAGCGCCAUUACAUCAAGCACCUCAAGGACAUUUGCGAGGGCUACCUGAAGCAGUGCCGAAAGAGAAGGGACAUGUUCAGUGACGAGCAGCUGAAGGUCAUCUUUGGAAACAUUGAAGACAUAUACAGAUUUCAGAUGGGCUUCGUGAGAGACCUGGAGAAGCAGUACAACAAUGAUGAUCCCCACCUCAGUGAGAUAGGACCCUGCUUCUUAGAGCAUCAAGAUGGAUUCUGGAUAUACUCUGAAUAUUGUAACAACCACCUGGAUGCCUGCAUGGAACUCUCCAAGCUGAUGAAGGACAGCCGCUAUCAACACUUCUUUGAGGCCUGCCGCCUCUUGCAGCAGAUGAUCGACAUUGCUAUUGAUGGUUUUCUUUUGACUCCAGUACAGAAGAUCUGCAAAUAUCCCUUACAAUUGGCCGAGCUCCUAAAGUAUACUGCCCAAGAUCACAGUGAUUACAGAUACGUUGCAGCUGCUUUGGCUGUCAUGAGAAAUGUGACUCAGCAGAUCAAUGAACGCAAGCGACGUCUGGAGAAUAUUGACAAGAUUGCGCAAUGGCAGGCCUCUGUCCUAGACUGGGAGGGAGAGGACAUCUUAGACAGGAGCUCGGAGCUGAUCUACACUGGAGAGAUGGCCUGGAUCUACCAGCCCUAUGGCCGCAACCAGCAGAGAGUCUUCUUCCUGUUUGACCACCAGAUGGUCCUCUGCAAGAAGGACCUAAUCCGGAGAGACAUCCUAUACUACAAGGGGCGCAUUGACAUGGAUAAAUAUGAGGUAAUUGACAUCGAAGAUGGCAGAGAUGAUGACUUUAAUGUCAGCAUGAAAAAUGCUUUCAAGCUUCAUAACAAGGAAACGGAAGAAGUGCAUCUGUUCUUUGCCAAGAAACUGGAGGAGAAAAUACGUUGGCUUAGAGCUUUCAGAGAAGAGAGAAAAAUGGUACAAGAAGAUGAAAAAAUUGGCUUUGAGAUUUCUGAAAAUCAGAAGAGACAGGCUGCAAUGACUGUGAGAAAAGCUUCUAAACAGAAAGUAACCCAAAGAAAAUGGCACUAUUAGCCCCUGUUCCAGGUUAAGAAACUGAAAACAUUCAAGGUGUCAACUCUGCCCGCUCAGUUCCUCCUUCCUACCCACCACCACAGGACCCGUUAAACCAGGGCCAGUACCUGGUCCCCGAUGGCAUCGCUCAGUCUCAAGUGUUUGAGUUCACUGAACCGAAACGCAGCCAGUCACCAUUCUGGCAAAACUUCAGUAGGUUAACCCCCUUCAAAAAAUAAUACCUAUAGGAAGGCAGAUAAUUUUAAAAUAAAUAAAAUUAUAUUUAUAGAUGGACCUUUUUUUCGGAGAAGCACUGUUGAAAAUUUAUAUAUAUAUAUAUAUAUAAAAUGUGUGUGUGUGAGAGAGAGUGAGUGUGUGUGUGUGCGUGUGUGUGCACACAUACAUGCACACACACACACGCACACAUAGACCUUUACGUAUACACGUGUGUGUGUGGGCAUGUGUGCACAUAUGCAUGCACAUGCAUGCACACAUACAUACAUAUACACACACAGAGAAGGACCAAAACCAUUUUCUGUUGUUUUGGGGAGUUGAAAUCUGUAGUUGGUAAGAAGUACCACUGAUUUCCAAACAUGUAAUCACUUCUUCAAAUUUUUAGUUCUUAACCUUGUUUCCUCCCCCUUACUCUCUGUUAUUUUUCCUGUUAAGAUAACUUAUUCGCUCCUCUAGUUCACUGACCUGUCAUUAUUACCAUAGAGUAUUUGCAUUGUUUUAUUUCCCUUUCCUUAUGAUACUGACGCUGAUAACUUUUGAAUUGAAUUUAUGUAGUGGGUUUGGGAUUUCAUUUCUCUCCCUGUCACUUUCCACUGAGAAGGGGAGGAUUCCCGUCUCCUGUUCCUCAUGCACCCAUCUGCAAAUGUUCCUGUAGCCCUGCAGUUAUACCAACAGCCUCUUCCCAGCAUCCUGUGUCCACAAUUGUGCCAGUCUAUACAUGCUCUGUUGUGCCCUGUGACUUAUCUGCUUGGUAUUUCUAUUGCUUUCACUGUUUUAGGUAUUGUGGAAGGAUAUAAAACCAAACAGAAACAAAGGAGUGAACGAAUGUAAUGAGAGUCGAGAAGAUUUCUGUUAGGGGGAUAGUUUUUAUUUAGGUGAUUUCUUCCCAUAUAACAGCAAUGCUAAGCCAUUGAAAGUUUCCACCUAAGAAUUAGUUUGGGUCCAUUAGUCUCUUUUCCAAGCCUCUUUUGUUAUGGAUCUCCUUUUCAGUCUAUCUCUUCCCUAGGCAAAAGGUUUAACUAAACUAGUAGCAAAGAAAUUGAGACUUUGCAUCCUGGGGAAGAGAUUUAUCUCCACCCCAUAACUCAUAGAUGGUAGGUAGGUGUCAGGCAGGGCUCUCUUUAUAGUGUUCUGGUAACCCCUGCUUCUGUUUUCAGAUUCAUAAGGCAUCAUUGUUAGUAGUUUAUGGAGGCGUUCAAGAGAAAAACCUGCUUGGCCAAGAGCAUUAGCCACCUUCAGAUUAACCUGAAAAGAGUUCAAGGUUGACAACAGCAUCUUAUAGAGACCAUCAGGAAAAGAGAGAGGCUUGAUCUAAGAUAAUAUACCAGUAAUUUGCAUCACUGAAAUUAUAAGAAACAUCCCCAAUUGUUAGCAGAUUGCAUGGAUAAUCUCUGUCUCCUUUUUUUGCCCUUACUGUCUUUCAGGUAGAGGAUUGCGAGUAUGGGAUAGUUAGAGCCAUUAUGGCACUCAAAGCAGGCUUUGUUCCAGACAGACUCCCAUCCCAGGACAACUGAGGCAAGUGGUAGAGAAGCCUAGGGCUACUUUUACAUCUGGGGGAAAAGAAAAGAUCUGAGGUAGAACACUGAAGUUAUUUCUUGGCAGGGUUUCCAUUUGACCAGAAUGUUUCCCACAAAAAUCAGAAUCCUCAUGAGUACAAGAGUGCUUAUUCUUUGUCAUUUAGCCCUUUCUAUGGCUAGAGAUUGGAGCAAGAACAAUAGAAUAUAAAGAAGUGUGAAAACCCACCCUAUCCAGGAAUCUGGAGAUUGUGUCUGUCCUGGACCUCACAAGAAAAUACUUCAUUAUAAAAAAAAAAGAUCUAAGCUUACCAAGUAGCAACCAUAGCUGUAUGAGGUCUUCAAAAAAGCUGAAUUUGUACUUCUUGACCUAGAUUAAGCCCUACCCCUGAGAAUCUUUCCCCUCUGAAAAACAAAUUACACAUUGUUGUCAGACUUUGUAGUUAUCAAGGCUAACUAGCAGAAUACCAGGGCUCGGGACUGGCUAUCACUGCUCAGCAUAUGAUAGAGCUACAUAAGCCCUUAUGGCAAGAAAUCUGGCAUCGAGCACAUAGACUACAAUGCUCUCCCUUGGCAAACUGAAAUGUGUUUCACUUCCUAUGCAGGCCUCCCUUAUUGCACCUUCAUUUCCUACUUUCUACCCAUUCUCACUAGGCUUGGCCUUGGCAACUUUCUCCCAGGGUUAGGAGCACACCAGGAGGGCUUGUUUUGAAAGGUUUCUAGAUCUAUAGUAUCUUUUGGCCAGACCUUCUCAUUCUUUUCCCCUUUCUGAGUCCAACAUUCAAGGCUCCCAGAUCAGGGGUAUUACCUCUCAUCAUCCUGUUUCUCCAUCCAGUCCACUAACCUUACAAGAUGUAGUAAUUUGUGAAGGCACUACCAACUCCGCUCUCCUUGGAUUGGAAUGCCUGGCUCCACCCUCACACCUACAGCUCCAAAUAGAUCAGUGGCCAGUAGCCCAAAGGGAAACUCAUCAAUUCCCUGGACUCAGUAGCUGAACCUGCUGCAGCCCCACGGCCAUAUAAUCCCCCCCAAAAAUAACUCUAUACUUCUCCUGUUUCUGCAUGGCCCCAGACUCCCCUUUCCUCAACUCAAUGAGGCCCGAACUUUCUUUCUCCAGUUUUGUGAGUUUGUUCUAUGAGUUCUAUUAUAGGGAGGUCCUAAAUACAGAAAUACAAUUUUUCUCUCCUUCUCUCAUCCACUUUCUAUGUGUAUAUCUUUAAUUGAUCUAUUAAGGACAGCAGCAAGAGAGUUCUAACAAUUCUAGUAUGAAGCCAAAUAGUGCUAUUUUAGUGCUUUGGGGGUGGGGCGGGCUGGGUGACUAGAUGGGCAACAGUGAUUUUGACCCCUGCUGCUCUGCAUUUGCCGGCUUAUUCUUUUGUUUCUAUUAUCCGACUGUUUGACCCUGUCAAACAAGUGUCAAAAUUGUGUAUUUGGAAAUGUUUAACAACAACAACAACAAAAAAGAUGUUGUAAUGACAUAAAGCCUUAUGAAAAUAUUUAUGGAGUUCAAUAAAAGAAGUAAAAAAGAA